AUGUCUCCAAAGGCAGAUAUAGUGCUCCUAUUUGGAGAUCAGACAGGGAAUAUUGCCGAAGCACUCCAGGAACUGAACAAACUUGUGCCACACCACGACAACUUGCAGCUCCUCUUUACUCGAAGCAUGCGAAAGAUGAAGCUGGCAUUGAAGCGAACCUCUCCUGCUUUCAAACCGAGACUUUCGCCGGUAACCUCGUUGCUAGAGUUGGCUUUGGAGCUCGAGAAAGAAUGCUUCAGUGGCUCUCCAGCACUUGCCGCCGCUCUCCUCUGUGUUGUGCAGCUUGGCUACUUUAUCGUUCACGCCGAGAAGAACGCAGCAAUAUUCGACACCCGAGGUGCGACUCAUCCUAAAAUCGUGUUGUUCGGCGUUUGUGUCGGCCUCCUGACAGCAUCGGCUGUCGCGUGCUCUCGAGAUCUGGGCGAGCUUCUCUCGAUUUCCGAUGACAUUAUACAGCUUGCUUUUAAUAUUGGCCUUGAGGCUGCAGCAAGAUCCGAGUUGAUUGAGCCGUUAACACCGGCCCGGAGUUGGGCGUUCCACGUGAAAGGCCUGACCAGGGAAGAGACAGCAGAGGCUAUCGAGAGCUUCAAUAAUUCCUUCAGCCUUGGUAACUGCAGCAGGGCGUAUAUGAGCGCCUCCAGUCCAUCUGGUGUCACCAUUUCUGGGCCGCCUUCGACAACUGAGAAAUUGUUCCGCCAGACUCCUUCUUUUCACAGGGCUCAUAAGAUCGCCUUACCGAUCAUCGCAGCAUACCAUGCCGAACAUUUGGAUCAGGUUUCAAUCGACAGAAUCACCGACUUUGUGAGCUCCUCAUUGCUGCAUCAGAGCGUCAAGAACAAGACACUUGUCUCGACCUCCUCUGGAGAGCCGUAUGUUGCCGAGACAUUCGGGGACCUGCUACGCCAAGUGCAGGCUGAUAUCUUCCAACAUCCAAUCUGCCUAGACUCUGCCAUACAAAGCCUACAAAGGCGCGCAGCUCCAGUUGUGGCCUGUGCUUCCAUUGGCCCAGUCAGCCUGGCGGAGUCGAUCAAGCAAGCCUUGGAAAAGUCUGGUGUCAAGUCUAGUAAUGCCGGCCUUUUUCACGACAAUUUCGCUGCUAAACCAAGCUCCAAUGAUGUUGCCAUUGUUGGAAUGGCAGUCCGUCUACCUGGAAGCGAAACACUUGAAGAAUUCUGGCAUUUGCUUGAGAAAGGCUGUGAUUUACAUGGGCCAAUACCAUCCGAUCGCUUCGACCUCGCAUCCCACUUCGACCCAACAGGAACCAAGACGAAUUCAACGAAAACGCCUUUCGGGGUGUUCAUUGAUCGUCCAGGUUACUUUGAUCGCCACCUAUUCAACAUGUCGCCACGUGAAUGCUUACAAACAGACCCCCAGCAUAGGAUGCUUCUCCUGGCCGUAUAUGAAGCCCUGGAGAUGUCGGGAAGUACGGCCCUCGGGAAUUCCAAAACGAUAGGCACGUUCAUCGGACAGACUGGAGACGAUUGGCGCGAGGUCAACUCAAGCCAGAAUAUCGAUGCCUACUUCAUUCCAGGUGGGAUGCGCGCUUUUGGACCGGGGCGCCUACAGUACCAUUUUGGUUUCGACGGGCCGAGCUAUUCGGUCGACACGGCGUGCUCCUCAAGUGCUUCAGCUGUCCAGCUCGCAGUCUCGGCUCUCUUGGCCCAGGAGUGUGACAUGGCUGUAAGUGGUGGCGUCAAUUUCCUGAGCGCACCUGAUGUAUUCGCGGGCCUGAGCCGCGGCGGUUUUCUAUCUUCGACAGGCGGGUGCAAGACAUUCGACGCUGGUGCUGAUGGUUACUGUCGCGCUGACGCAGUCGGAGUCGUCAUACUCAAGCGAUACGCUGAUGCUGUAGGGGACCAUGAUAACAUCAUCGGGGUUAUAAAGGCUGCUAUGACGAAUCAUUCUGCCGAGGCCGUCUCCAUUACCCAUCCACAUGCAAAAACGCAGGAGCGGUUGUUUCAUCGCGUGCUUGAUAAAGCCGGUCUCCAGCCUAUCGACGUCGACUACGUCGAGCUGCACGGCACUGGCACACAAGCUGGUGACGUGAUCGAAGCAACGUCGGUGACCGAUGCUCUUGCGAAGGGCGGCCGUCCCCCAUCCCAGCCUCUGUACAUCGGCAGUGUCAAACCGAAUCUCGGACAUGGUGAAGGAGGCAGCGGCGUGACUUCACUCAUCAAGGCGGCCUUAAUUCUACGCCAGGACAUGCUCCCGCCGCACAUUGGCAUCAAGGACCAGAUCAACCCAGAUUUGCCGCCAUUGUCGCAGCUCAACACGCAUCUCUCACUCGGUGGCACGACACCAUUCCCACGACACCGCAACACCAGUGGUCAAGUGGGCCGCCCGCGAACUAUUCUAAUCAAUAACUUUGAUGCAGCCGGCGGUAAUACCAGCAUAGUCCUUCAGGACGCUCCGGACCGUGCCAUCGAGGGGACUGAUUCACGGUGCCAUCAUACUGUCACCUUAUCGGGAAGGACAAUGAAAUCGGUCCGCGAUAAUACGAUCAACUUGAUCAAAUUCUUGCGGUAUCAUACCGAGACCCGCCUUGAGGAUGUUGCAUACACCACAUCAGCGCGACGUACCCAUCACGCCUGGCGUCACGCCGCAACAGUUUCUUCGACAGAGGAUCUAGUGCAGAACCUUGAGCGCAGCCUCGCAGAUGAGAGCUGGACCAAGUGCCCGCCUAAGUCUCCGACGGUGGUUUUCGUCUUCACAGGUCAAGGAUCACAAUACGCUGGCCUCGCGUCAAUGUUGUUUGACACAUGUGCCCAUGUCCGAGAAGCGAUACUGAGGAUGGAACGCCUGAGCGUAUCGCAAGGGUUCCCUUCGUUUCUACCAGUCAUCAUCGAUAAGAAUCCAAGUGUCCCAUUCACACCUGUUCAGACGCAGCUGGCUCUCGUGGCUAUGGAGCUCGCAAUCGCCUCUCUUUGGAAAAGCCUUGGCAUUACGCCAGCCGCUGUCAUCGGCCACAGCCUGGGAGAGCUUCCAGCGCUGUGCAUGGCUGGCGUGUUUUCCAUCAGCACAUGUUUGUACCUCGUUGGGUACCGCGCAUCCCUCAUGAUGAAGAAAUGCUCGGCAGACACACAUGCUAUGGUGGCCGUUUCGUUAUCAGCCGAGCAAGUAGAUCAAUGCUUGCGAGGCUCAGGACUUCAGCGUUGUGCGAUCGCAUGCAUGAAUAGUCAGACAUCAACAGUAGUUGCGGGUCCCCGCGAUGAAAUGAUGGCGCUACAGCAGCGGCUCAAGACAAUUCAAGAUGUCAAGAUCACCAGCCUGGAUGUAUCCUUUGCUUUCCAUUCCUCACAGAUGAAUCCAAUUCUCGAGGAAUAUUGCGAGAUUGCGCGCAAGGCCACCUUCUCAGCUCCGAAAGUCACCGUUCUGUCGACCGCGCGCGGCCGGAUCAUCCAUCCUGGCGACAACUGUAUUGAUGCUGCAUAUCUCAAGCAGCAGACGCGCGGUAGCGUCCAGUUUUUGCAGUCAGUAAAGGCAUUUACAGUGACUGGGCCUCGUGUUUGGAUCGAGAUGGGACCCCAGCCGACAUGUCUAGGGAUGGUUCGCACAAUUGUUACUGCGCAUAACGAAGACCUUUUCCUCCCGUCCCUCAAGCGAGGUGAGAGCGACUGGAAGGUGCUGUCCAGCUCUUUAGGCUCGGCCCACCAAUUUGGUCUACAGGUCGAUUGGCGGGAGUAUCAUCGACCAUUUGAACCCGCUCUACGCUUACUGGAUCUUCCCAGCUAUGCAUUUGACCUGGAGAACUAUUGGCUUCAGUACGAAGGGGACUGGUCCAUGAAGAAAGGUGGCGUUCAUCGUCAGGUUGUCCAAGCGGAACCGGUUUUCAGCACCACAUGUCUCCACCAUAUGGAGAAUCAUACUUACGACGCCGAGAGCAUGACUGUCACGUUUACCAGCGACCCGUUCGAGCCUAAUCUCAACGCAAUCAUCUGCGGCCAUCGCGUUAACGGAGUUCAGCUUUGUCCCAGUUCACUCUAUGCAGAGAUGGCCUUGACAGCUGCACGGUACAUUCAAACAAUCAGAGACCCCUCAGGUUCGGCAGCAUCUAAGACAUUUGUAGGCUGGGAUGUUCAAAAGAUGCAGGUGCAAUCACCUCUGAUUGUUCAACCUAGCAACACCGAGCAAAUAAUCCGCACGAGCCCGAGGCAUGUGCAGAUGCAUGCAACAUGCUUGGUAGAAUUUGGAGAUGCAGAUUCAUGGCGGUCCGAGUGGGAUCAGCAUAGGUACCUCGUCCAGGCGCGCAUGGACCAGCUCAUCGCCAGCUCCAUCACAGGUCCCGUGCACCGUAUCCUGAAACCAAUGGUCUACAAGUUAUUUGGUGCUUUAGUCGACUAUUCCGCGUCAUACCAGGCCAUCCAGGAAGUAUUUCUCGACAGCAAGCUUCAGGAAGCCACAGCCCGAGUCCGGCUCGACACACCGUCUGCUUCUCAAACGUCUUUCACCUGUAACCCGUACUGGAUCGAUGGCAUGGCACACCUGUCAGGUUUCAUUCUGAACGGCUCAGAUGAAACGCCUCCUGACGUGGUAUACAUCUCUCACGGCUGGGAUAGCAUACGGCUUUCUGUGCCUCUAGAAGAGGAUAAAACUUAUCAUACGCACGUCCGCAUGCGAGAAGUGCGCAAAUACCCCGGUCAGAUAAUGGGAGAUGUUUACGUUUUCACCGACGAGGAGACCAUUGCACUGUGUCGCAAUGUUCGAUUCCAGCGGGUCAAUCGAUCGCUGCUUGACCACAUGCUUCUGUCAAGCCUUGACACCGACACUCCAGAUAGUCCAGGCACCGGCCCACAACAAACCCCGGCCAGCACUCAGGUGAGAGACCAGGUGUGGCGUAUUGUCGUGAACGAAAUUGGUCUCAAGAAUAUUGCGGAGAUUGACAACAACACACCGCUUAACGACAUUGGCGUCGACAGUUUGCUUGCUCUGUCUAUCGUGGCAACUAUCAAGAAGCAGACUGGGUUGAGCCUCCCUUCAAGCUUCUUCCUCACAGAAAACCCCACGAUGGCUGCCAUGGAGGAAACCUUGGGACUGAAGCAAGCACCGCCUACAAAUGUGGUAAAAGACAAAUUUCCUCCUGAGUACAUUCAAUCGGACAUGGAGCCAAAGGCGGAGAAAGAGAUACAGAACGUUUCUACGAUCCCUGAGGACAACAGUGAUCAGAUUGAACUUCACUCUCAGCCAGUUCUCCUUUUCAGCCGCCAUGCUGGUGCUGGGUACCGCAAAAUGAAUCUGUUCCUCUUACCCGAUGGAUCUGGCAGUGCAGCGAGCUACAUGGGACUCCUGCCAGGGUUUGAGAAAUACGACUGCGAGCUGACUGCAGUAUAUGGGCUCAAUAGCCCGUUCCUUGACGAUCCAGAUGCAUUCCGGGAUGGGGAUGCUUCUGUCCACGAGAUUGCCAGCAUUUUUGUCGAGAGUAUUCGCUCAAUCCAACCACAUGGGCCAUACUACCUGGGUGGGUGGUCUAUCGGCGAAUUAUGGGGAGGUCGUGGCGGACCUCAUACUCAUCGACGCACCCUGCCCGGCUGCGCUGCCACCACUCCCUAG